AUGCUUUUUCCAGCCGACAUCGUAGAAGACGUGUACGGCUCUGAUGGCGAUCCUACACAAUCGUUGGCAUUGGCAGAGGACCCAGCGUCCCCUCCACUCUCUGAUGAAUCCUCACCCCGGCACCUGCCAUACCAGCUUCCGAGCAUCUUUUUGCCCCAAGAAGAACUGACCAUUCCACCAGACUUUGAAUUGCGAGAGUCAGCAAUUCUGGGUGGAAGUCUGGGCAUCUGGAGCCGCAGGAGGGUGAAGGUGGGGGAAUGCUUCGGACCAUAUGAAGGAGAACACAGGCCUUGUCUCAAAGACCACAGUCAAGGCUGGGAGGUUGCUCUGUUAAGAGUUGCCAUCCAAGAGCAGAGGGCUGCCAGCCCUUCAGAGCCGGUAUUCUACACAGAGGCUCCUCUCUCUGAGUUGGCUUCUGGCCUCGGUCCUUCCCCAUGGCCUCAGUUUGGCCUCGGUCAGGGCCUGCUUGUCCCCAGCCCUGCCAAAACCUCCACCACAUCCCAUAGGACCAUCGCUGCAUCUCUGAUCUGCGCCACUCCGCUGCAUUUUGCCAAGUACACACUCCAGCUGCCCAACCUAAUCCAGGCAUGA